UUUCACGUUAUCGUUCAUCCACUCAUCAACCUGUGCAUCCAGGCAGUCAGCGGUGCGUGACAUCAUCUAUUCUCAUCACCAAGAUUUUAUUUGCUAGAGCACAUCUGAGGAUUUCAUAGACCAUCCCUGCAGACCAAGUAUUCACCUUUACAGUUGAAUCACCGAGAAAAGACACAUUUAAAGGAGCUGAUCUAAUGUUAGCUAGCCAAAGUGUUUCCCUCGCACUCUGUACUUCACGACGCAUGACGGAAGAGAUUCGCCCCGCAAGCUCCCCGCACGGAAGCGGGUCGUUGGUGGAUGGCUCAGGCGAUUCGCCACCAGCGAUGUUGAGUUCGCCAGCUGACGAGGAAAACGGUGAGCUCCUCCAGUCUUCCAGCUUCGGUGGAGAAGGAUCCAGCAAACACAGUACCCUGAGUAACAAGGACAAUGUGUCCACCCAUCAUGUUCAACUAGGCCGGCCUCAGGCACAUCCCUACCCCCACCCAGGCUCCCCACUCUCAGACGAGGAAAGCCCCUUGUUGGAGGCAAAGCGCUCUACCACCUCUAGUCGAGCAGGCAGUCGUGCUGGUAGCUCAUCGGCUAAAGGCACCUUGGCUUCUCAGAAGGGAAGAGUACACAGGCGCUCCCUGUCCAUGAUUGUGCAGCCAGGCAGUGUCAGAAGGCAUCUCAAUAUUGUAGAGAAUGAGUAUGAUGUAGAGACAGCAAUGAGUGUUCCAGCCACCCCAGUUCCUCAGAACCCUCCACCACCUCCGAUAGACUUCAACCUGUAUGCCACCAAGAAGACUAUAGCCGAGGGCUUCCUGGUGGUGGCCCUACUGGCGGCCAACGCUGCUCAACUCAAGACCAUUAUCACAGCGGGCAAAGAGAAUCAAUUCCAUGGCUUUGUGACUGCCCUGGUCAUCCUCUCCAUCGUGCUCCUCAUCAUCGUCAUCGUCUUCCUGCUCCUACUGGGCCGCGACAACCUCAACGAUGUCUACAAACAACGCAAGUUGGACUGGAUCAACAACUUUGCGACAGCGCUUGUGUUCUGCAUCGUAUUCAUGAACAUCUUUGUAUGUGCGUUUGGUAUAGAGCACACACCGCCGUCAUAGUGCUGGCUGUACGUGCCCUUGUUCUCGUACAGAGUGGGUCAUUUAGCAUUUUUCUAGUAUUUAAACAAAAAUAUAGACAUUGUAUUUUUAUGAAGAAUAAUAAGAUUGCAUUCAAUUUUGCAAUAGAAAAAUCUGCCCUUGAUAAUCAUCAUUAUUCAGUGGGCAAUGAAAGCAUUAAGAAUUUGUUGUACAUUGUAAAUGUCGACAAAAAAACAGAAAACCAGUGAGUGUUUUUGUAUGUCAAUGAGUUCUGAACACUAUUAUAAAAUGUCAAUUCAAUUUGUUUACACUUUUUCAAUUUUAG